GUCCCAGCCUGACUCCCAGCCCUCAGUCCCGACUGUCCCUGGGCUCUGGUGAGGUGUCCGGUUGCCGAGCCUGCUGCGUCUCUGAAAAUUCGCCCCGCAUCCCCGCGUUGACAGCCGCUGCAGUGAUGGGAGAGAGGCACAAGAAGGGCAGAGCGUCACUGGGUGCCUCUGACACAUCAAUUAAGACCAAAAAGGAAAAACAGCAAGUCUAUUUGUGCUGCCACUGGCCAUACUCAUGGAAGUCAAAUUUUCUCCAAUUAACCAGAUCUUGGCCUUUUGUAGGCAAGACUUGGCCAUCAGCAUCAGCAAAGCCAUCAACAGCCAGGAGGCCCCCGUGAAGGAGAAGCAUGCCCGGCGCAUCAUUCUGGGCACCCACCAUGAGAAGGGGGCUUUCACCUUCUGGUCCUAUGCCAUCGGGCUGCCCCUGCCCAGUAGCUCCAUCCUCAGCUGGAAGUUCUGCCACGUCCUCCACAAGGUCCUUCGAGAUGGGCACCCCAACGUGCUGCACGACUGCCAGCGGUAUCGCAGCAACAUCCGGGAGAUCGGGGACCUUUGGGGGCAUUUGCAUGACCGGUACGGGCAGCUGGUGAAUGUCUACACCAAGCUGUUGCUGACCAAGAUCUCCUUUCACCUCAAGCACCCCCAAUUUCCUGCGGGCCUGGAGGUGACGGAUGAGGUAUUGGAGAAGGCAGCUGGGACUGAUGUCAACAACAUCUUCCAGCUCACCGUGGAGAUGUUUGAUUACAUGGAUUGUGAGCUGAAGCUUUCUGAAUCAGUUUUUCGGCAGCUCAACACGGCCAUUGCUGUGUCCCAGAUGUCCUCGGGCCAGUGCCGCCUGGCCCCACUCAUCCAGGUCAUCCAGGACUGUAGUCACCUCUACCACUACACGGUCAAGCUCCUAUUCAAGCUGCACUCCUGUCUCCCGGCAGACACCCUACAAGGCCACAGGGACCGGUUCCAUGAGCAGUUUCACAGCCUCAGGAACUUCUUCCGCAGAGCCUCCGACAUGCUCUACUUCAAGCGGCUCAUCCAGAUUCCCCGGCUGCCCGAGGGACCCCCCAACUUCCUGCGAGCCUCGGCCCUGGCAGAGCACAUCAAGCCUGUGGUGGUGAUCCCCGAGGAGGCCCCAGAGGAUGAGGAGCCAGAGAAUCUCAUUGAGAUCAGCACUGGGCCCCCUGCCCCGGAGCCAGCGGUGGUGGCUGACCUCUUCGACCAGACGUUUGGACCCCCCAAUGGCUCCGUGAAGGACGACAGGGACCUCCAGAUCGAGAGCCUGAAGCGGGAGGUGGAGACGCUACGCUCCGAGCUGGAGAAGAUCAAGCUGGAGGCCCAGCGGUACAUCUCACAGCUGAAGGGCCAGGUGAACGCGCUGGAGGCCGAGCUGGAGGAGCAGAGGAAGCAGAAGCAGAAGGCCCUGGUGGACAACGAGCAGCUCCGCCACGAGCUGGCGCAGCUGCAGGCCGCGCGGCUGGAGGGCGAGCGCAGCCAGGGCCUGCGCGAGGAGGCCGAGCGGAAGGCCAGUGCCACAGAGGCACGCUACAACAAGCUCAAGGAGAAGCACAGCGAGCUCAUCAACACGCACGCAGAGCUGCUUCGCAAGAACGCAGACACAGCCAAGCAGCUGACGGUGACGCAGCAGAGCCAGGAGGAGGUGGCGCGGGUGAAGGAGCAGCUGGCCUUCCAGAUGGAGCAGGCGAAGCGGGAGUCCGAGCUGAGGCUGGAGGAGCAGAGCGACCAGCUGGAGAAGCUCAAGAGGGAGCUGGAGGCCAAGGCUGGGGAGCUGGCCCACGUGCAGGAGGCCCUGAGCCGCACGGAGCAGAGCGGGUCAGAACUGAGCUCGCGGCUGGACUCGCUGAACGCAGAGAAGGAUGCGCUGAGCGGGGCCGUGCGGCAGCACAAGGCCGACCUGCUGGCAGCCCAGAGCCUGGUGUGCGAGACGGAGGCAGCGCUGAGCCAGCAGCAGCAGCGCAGCGCCCGGGAGCGGGACGAGCUGCAGGGCCGGCUGGCGGAAAAGGAGUCUGAGGAGCAGGGCCUACGGCAGAGGCUGCUGGACGAGCAGUUUGCGGUGCUGCGGGGUGCCGCGGCCGAGGCCCAAUGCAUCCUGCAGGACGCCGUGAACAAGCUGGACGACCCCCUGCACCUGCGCUGCACCAGUUCCCCAGACUACCUGGUGAGCAGGGCGCAGGCAGCCUUAGACGCCACGAGUGCCCUGGAGGAGGGCCAUGCCCUGUACCUGGCCUCCUUGACUGAUGUCUCCGCCUUAGUGGCAGCCCUGACCCGGUUUUCCCACCUGGCUGCAGACACCAUCGUCAAUGGCGGUGCCACCUCCCACCUGGCCCCCACUGACCCUGCAGACCGCCUGAUCGACACCUGCAGGGAGUGCGGAACACGGGCUUUGGAGCUUGUGAGGCAGCUGCAAGACCAGCAGGCUCUGCGGCAGGCGCAGCCCGGCCUGGUGCGGACCCCUCUGCAGGGCAUUCUCCAGCUGGGCCAGGAGCUAAGGCCCAAGAGCCUGGACGUGCGGCAGGAGGAGCUAGGGGCCAUGGUUGACAAGGAGAUGGCGGCCACAUCUGCAGCCAUCGAAGAUGCCGUGCGGAGGAUCGAGGACAUGAUGAACCAGGCCCGCAGCGCCAGCUCAGGGGUGAAGCUGGAAGUGAAUGAAAGGAUCCUCAACUCCUGCACAGACCUGAUGAAGGCCAUCCGGCUCCUGGUGAUGACAUCCACCAGCCUGCAGAAGGAGAUUGUGGAGAGCGGCAGGGGGGCAGCCACGCAGCAGGAAUUUUAUGCCAAGAAUUCGCGGUGGACCGAGGGCCUCAUCUCGGCCUCCAAGGCGGUGGGCUGGGGAGCCACGCAGCUGGUGGAGGCGGCUGACAAGGUGGUGCUGCACACCGGCAAGUACGAAGAGCUCAUCGUCUGCUCCCAUGAGAUUGCGGCCAGCACGGCCCAACUGGUGGCCGCCUCCAAGGUAAAGGCUGACAGGCACAGCCCCCACCUGAGCCGUCUGCAGGAAUGUUCUCGCACUGUCAAUGAGAGGGCUGCUGGCGUGGUGGCUUCCACCAAGUCGGGCCAGGAGCAGAUAGAAGACAGAGACACCAUGGACUUCUCUGGCCUGUCACUCAUCAAGCUGAAGAAGCAGGAGAUGGAGACCCAGGUGCGAGUCCUGGAGCUGGAGAAGACGCUGGAGGCUGAGCGCAUGCGGCUGGGUGAGCUGCGGAAGCAGCACUACGUGCUGGCCGGGGGGGCACCCGGCGCGGAGGAGCCUGGCCGGCCCCGCGCCACCCCCCGAAGCGCAGCCAAGAAACCACCCCUGGCCCAGAAGCCCAAUGUGGCCCCCAGACAGGACCUCCAGCUCGACAAAAAGGAUGGCAUCUACUCGGCUCAACUCGUGAACUACUAGGCCCCCCAGAGAUCCAGCAGGGUACUGGUGGGCAGGCCUGGGUCUCCUGUGGCCGCCUGGUGGGGCUGAGGGGCCUCCAAGGGGCUUGCCCCUGUACCUGGUGCCCAGGCCCCCACCCCACCACCCGGCUCAGUGUCCUCAAGGCCCCUGGCCCUCACUGAGCCUGAAGGGCCUGGGCGGGUCUGGGCUGUGUGGACGGUUCUUCUGGAUGUGAGUCUGUUUGUUGCAAAAGGAACUUCGGAGAGCAGCCA